AUGACCUACAUCAUGAAAAUCUACAUCGACGGUAUCUGCAGACGCAAUCCAAGAUACACUGAUAGCGAAGGAGCGAUUGGGUCCGCCGCCGUCGUUUUCGAGACAUUCUCCGGCCGCUACUGGCUCACAAAGGUACUCACACGGCACCCCAGACCGACAAGACAGCGUGUCGAACUCGAAGCUGUUAUCAUGGCUAUGGAGAAAGCUCGGGAUCGGCUUGACAGGCGUUCAAACAGUCAGUGGCUUGAUGUGACGAUCCAUUCUGACUCGUAUUGUGUGGUUGACUGCAUGUCAGGGUGGAUUUAA